AUGGCCAAACUUCUUCUCCUCCUUUCCGCCACUUUUCUGACCGUCACGGCGACCGAAAACCCGUUCGGAUCCGACGAUUGUCAAGAGGGAGAGCCGAAAUGCCCGCCCGGAUACAAGUUCUUCGAAAGAGCCGACGAUCGCGCGUGGUGCCUUAAGGUAAGUGUAUCUUCUACGCCCUGGGCAGACGCUUGAAAGUGUGGCCGCGUGGCGCAAUGGAUAACGCGUCUGCCUACGGAGCAGAAGAUUGCAGGUUCGAAUCCUGCCGUGGUCGAAACGCUUUUUGCAUUUUCUCUUUUCUUUUCAGUACUUUGCCGGCAACUACACAUUCUUCGAGGCGGAACAGGUUUGCAGAUGCCAGGGAGGAGCCACUCUUUCGGGAGUCGACAAUACCAAUGAGCUUUUGUGGAUUGAAGGUGGGUUAUCAAGUUUUCCAUCGAGAAAAACGCGGUUUUUUGUUCAGAUCAAGCCACGCAAUCGUUCGAACAGCUCGGAAUUAAAAACGGAGGAGUGUGGGUUGGUGCGUACCGCCGUCACGACUGUAUGGGACCGGUGGAGAAGUGGAUCAACAAGACCGAGUGCUCGAAAGUCUAUCAAUUCCAAUGGACCGACCGAAACACUGUCAAGACGUACAUGUGGGAGAAGAUGUGGAUGGAGGGAUCACCGCACAACAACAUUGUCGGGUAAGGCAACGAGAACUAUAAUAUCCAAUUUUUUUUGUUCCAGAAACCACUCUGAAAACUGUGUCCAACUGCAAAUCAGCCUCGAAGAGCAGGGAACUGCCAACCGAAAACUCCACGGAACUUUCGACAACAGAAUGUAAGCGCUGGCCGGUCUUUUAGAAAAUCGACUAUUGUAAACUUGCAGCUGUGUGCACCGCAACGAGAGCAGCACCUUCCACACCGAAGGUUUCGUGUGCGGACGUCCGCCAAAGUACCCGGGAGGUGGUCACGGAUACUCCGGAGGCGACGGACAAAUCCUCAUUAUCGGAGCGGGAAAGCCGACGAAGAAGCCCUAA